UACACAGAGAACUAAUAAGACAACAGUCUCGUUCAUCUUGCUCCCAGUCUGCAGAAGUAAACAUCUUAGGAAGUCUGAUUUCCACCCAUGUUCCUAAAGUGUAAAGUUUUUCCGCAAGCUCUUCUGAAAAUGCCAUUAUAUUUUAAACAGGUCAAAGCACUGGCUAGCAAAAAGCAUCGGAAAGCUCAGUGGUGAAGCAUUGCGUUCGCAGCGUGAAAGGUUUUGGCUUUGAUCCCACAUACUGAUGAAAUGUCUACCUUGUAUAGAAAUCCCUGCUGAAGCUCACGUCGAAAUGGGAAGAAAGGAAGGAGAUUACGACUGGAAGAAAAGCACAGACAACAUUCAGGAUGUGUUCGAAUUCAUGGAGGUGCUUGGAUCCGGAGCAUUCUCUGAAGUCUUCAUGGUGAAGGAGAGAAAAACCGGAAAACAUUUCGCCAUGAAGUGUGUUAAAAAGAAAAACAAAAGGGACUUUAACCUGGAGAAUGAGAUUGCCGUGUUGAGGAGGAUCAAACAUGACAAUGUUGUUUGCUUGGAGGAUUUCUAUGAAAGUCGGACACAUUACUAUCUUCUCAUGCAACUAGUUUCAGGCGGUGAACUGUUUGAUAGGAUUCUGGACCGGGGGAUGUACUCGGAGAUGGAUGCCAGUCUGGUUAUCAGACAGGUGCUGGAGGCAGUCGGCUACCUGCACAAGUGCGGCAUAGUGCACCGUGAUCUUAAGCCUGAGAAUCUGCUGUACUACAGUCCGGAUGAAAACUCAAAGAUCAUGAUCAGUGAUUUCGGUCUCUCUAAGAUGGAAGACAAUGGAAUAAUGUCAACAGCCUGUGGAACGCCAGGAUAUGUGGCCCCUGAAGUGUUGGCACAGAAACCCUACAGCAAAGCUGUGGACUGCUGGUCUAUUGGAGUUAUCACUUACAUUCUUCUCUGUGGAUAUCCACCUUUCUAUGAAGAAACUGAGACUCGUCUGUUUUCUAAAAUCAUGAAGGGACAGUAUGAGUUUGACUCGCCCUUCUGGGAUAAUAUUUCUGAUUCUGCCAAGGACUUUAUCCGCAACAUGAUGCAGAAGAAUCCUAAGAUGCGUUUUACUACAGAACAGGCUCUGCGACACCCAUGGAUAAUCGGUAAAACAGCCCGAAGUCAAGACAUCUAUCACUCCGUCAGUGUGCAGAUUCAGAAAAACUUUGCCAAGUCCAAGUGGAAGCAAGCUUUCAAUGCUACCGCUGCCAUUCACCACAUGAAGAAACUUCAGAUGGCUCACUCUGAGGCCUGUAUGAGACAGAAUCAGACUCCUCCAUCAGUGCCUGAGAUCAAAGUCAUCACAACAUCCACACCUGAAUCCGUCCAUAAGAAACUGUUCACGGAGACCCCGACGACAAACAGUGACAUGUCCGGUAAUCAGAUGAACGUUCCAACCAGUUCUACAGAAUCAAAGAGUCAGUAUUACCCAGUUCGGGUCAGUCACAGCGAGACCACCCAUGUUGGGACCCUCACCAUCGCGGAGAAGAGCAAACAUGUUUAUCACUCUGAGCCAGCCGAUCUCAAUGGAUAUGUAAAAAAAGGCUCAAAUCGUAAUGGACCGAACCUGCAGACUGGAGUUUGUUCUGUCAUGUGAUCCGUUGCAGAGGAGUUAUAAUCUGAUUUGGAUUGGUCUGUGACCUUUCACCCAGCCUGCGUGCAUGAUCUUCAGCUCUGUGCCCAUGGGAGAGAGCGUUUAUCUGGCCAUCAGCCCGCCAGUCUGCACCGUACUGAAAGUUUAGGAGUGCCUCCAUAUCUGCAAAUAAACUCAUGAAGCACGAGCACGGCCAGGUUACACAGUAUCUUCGUAAAAGCAGGUUGUAGGUCAAUUUGCAUAGGUGCUGAACCUACUAUUUCAUCCCUCUGUAUUAAAACAUUUGAAACAAGGGUCAGUGUUAAGUCUUAUUAAGAUUUUAAUUCAGUUUUUGCAUCUACUUUCUGUAAUGUAUUAGGCUUUUGUUGCUCGUGAUUAUAUGAUGUAAUAUGCUGUGGUAACUCAUCACAGUAUAUCUGAUGACACUAUCGCUUCAAUGCAGUCUAUACUUAAUAAUAGAUUAUUGUAUAUUGGACAUUAUAAGAGAUUUUAAUUUGACUAGAUUAGAUGUUUAUUUUUGUAAUGCAAAGUUAUUGGUGCAUCUUUAUCUGUUACACUUUUACCAUUAUUAUUAAAACUAUUUAAUGCUGUCUGCCUACCACCAUUAAAUAUAUUAACAUACAUUACUUUAACUAUUAUAAAUACUCAUCCUGUAACAUUUCAAUAUGAAUGUAAGAGAUUAUGUUAAGUGUCCUCUUCAGAAACGCUUGAUGUUUGUUUAGGCCGUUAAUGGCAAUGCAUUGUGCAAUAUUUGUACUAUUAAACCCUGAGAUACACCA